UGUCUGCAUCCUUUCUCUCUCUUCUCCAUGAUUCAUCCCAAUUAUACAUUCUCAAUUCAAUAGUGUGUGUUUAUACUACUCUGUCUUCUUCGUUUGCGGACUUGUUUUACUAGGGUUUUUUUCUUUCUCUCUCUUGUCAUAGCACAUAAUGAAAUUCCAUCUUUAAAUAAUAAUUGCAAAUUGUAGCGGUUUAUCAUUUUUCUUUCUGCUACAACUGUCCUUUGAUUAAUCGCAAAAAAUCUUGGAUUAAUCCAUUAGCUUUCUCGUAAUUAGGGUUUAGUAACUAUGGCUUUGGAAACCCUAAACAACUACCUCUUAGGAAGAGGAGGCUUGCCCUUCCUAAAAUGUAAGACUUUCUCAUUGUUCCAUUUGAUUUGUUUCCAAAUCACUAGAAAAUCCCUGGAGUCUAACAAUAGUUCAGGUCCUAGAUUUGAUCGAAUUAUCUCUAAAGCUCCACCAAAUUUACCUCCAUAUGUAACUGGAAUCUCUGCAUCCAAAAUCAUAAAAAACAUCCCAAAUCCUAGAGAAACCAAAGAACUCCACUGCCAAUCUCUAAUAAUCUCCUCUAAUAUAUGUGAUAGUCCAAAACUUCUCAAUAAAAUCCUGCCCAAUACAAACAUCUUGCAGAGGGCGCCUCUGAAUUUAACCCUGUUUCACCAACAGCAUGCUCGGGAUAUCCAAAACCAUAGAAAAACCUUGCCUUUUUACAACCUAUCUUCCAAAAUCUGUGGUAACAUCUUUCCAAGUGUUAAUUUUGUGUCUGAAUUCCUCCCUGUAUCAAUCCUUAAGUCCCCAUCAAUAUCAUCUCCAAUUUUAGCACGAACCCCCUACUCACUAUCCCUAGUUUAUGCCCACAAGUCCUGUUCAAUUUCAUUUCCAAAUUUAGCAGGUUUCCACUACCCACCAUCCCCAUUUGGCACUAGAAUCACCUUAGGGAAAAUUCAGAGACCUAGGAGAUAUUUUGAUUUGCAUUAUUCACCUCCAAAAACCUCAACUGAAUCAUACCUAAUGCCCAUAGCCUCCUCUAAAGCCCAACCCAAAUCCAAGUUCCAGCUAAAUUCACCUCUGAAUUUAACCCAAUUCCACUCUAGAUUUAUCUCAUCGGGCCCCCAAAGUUCUAGAAGAACUCCAGAACCCAACAACCCACCCCCGAAAACCUCCUCUAAAUUCCGCCCCAAAUACAGAAGAAAAAUGCCAAACCGACCUCUAGAUUUAGCCUAUGUUCAGCAAGCCUUAUCCCAACUUCCCCCAAGGUUCACCCCGGAAGACCUUCUCCAUAUUCUCUCCUCACAAAAAGACCCACUUGCUUGUCUCCAUAUCUUUGAUUGGGCUUCUCGACAACCAAGGUUCAAGCAUGAUGAAACAACAUAUAGCAUCACCAUCAAAAAGCUUGGGUCUUCAAAGCUUUAUGAUAAAAUGGAUACCCUUGUGGACCAAGUCCUAGCAAACCCAUCUCUUGCUUCUGAGCCCUUUUUCAACACCAUCAUCUAUCUCUACACCGAGGGUAGAAAGCUCAUGAAGGCCAUAAGAGUUUAUAAACACAUGAGGAAUAGCAAGAAUUGUAAGCCCUCCUUGAGAACCUACAAUCUCCUAUUCACUUCUUUAUUGAGUAGAGGGUGUAACACUUACAUAAGUCAUAUGUACAUGGAAACCAUAAGAUGUUUGUUUAAGCAAAUGGUCAAUGAUGGGAUUCAACCUGAUGUUUUGAGCUUGAAUUCUAUGAUUAAAGGGUAUUCUUUGUCCCUUCACAUGAAUGACGCAUUGAGGAUCUUUCAUCAGAUGCCUGAGGUGUAUAAUCGCAAGCCUAAUGCACAUUCUUUUGACUACCUAAUUCACGGAUUGUGUGCACAAGGCCGGUCAAAUAAUGCUUUUCAGCUUUAUAGGGAAAUGUUGGACUUGGAUUUUGUUCCUUCUAGCAAGGCCUAUAAUUCCCUUGUGAAUUGUUUGGCCUUGGCUGGGGAGACUAAAGAGUCGGUGAAUCUGUUGCUGGAGAUGAAUUUGAAAAGAAUAUUACCUGAUUUUGUCACUUAUCAAACUGUUAUAGAUGAAAUAUGUAGGCAAGAUAAGGUCUCAGAGGCUAAGGGGUUGUUGAAGGAGUUGCAAGACAAGGAUUUCGUCGAUGGUGUCACAUAUAGGAGGCUUCAUUAUCACCUGCAAGAUAGGCACAUGAGGCUUCCAUGCCUCUCACAACAAUUCUAGCACAACUAUUGAAAAAGAGGGGUCCAG